AUGAGGUCGCACUCCGAGGACCGCCCGUAUAACUGUUGUUUCUGCGAGAAGAAAUUUAAGAAUCCGUACGUUUUAAAGAGACACCAGAAGGAGAUUUGUAAAAGCAGAGAGCUAAAAAGGUCGAAAAAGAGGGAGGUGCAGCGCUCAAAUCCACAGCCGCCGUCGGAGGCGUCGACGGAAGGUAAAGUGUGUCCCAUCUGCAGCCGGAUCUUACCGUGCACGGCGGACAUCGCAAAGCAUUUACGAUCCCACACGGAGGAGCGACCUUUUAUUUGUAUGACUUGCGAGAAGGGCUUCAAGUACAAGGACACGCUGAAGAAGCAUCAGAUCAUUCACGGACACGAGGGGAUCCGAGAGGAGGAGAGCAAGACGGUGGAGCAGAUUUUGGCUGAAGCCGAUGCAAGUAUUUUUGACAAGAGAGAAAAAAAUCCAGAUGCAGAUGCUUCCGAGGAGUCUUCGUCUGCACCUGUGCAAAAAGUCAGGAGAAAAGCCGCGAAAGUGUGUCCUGUGUGUUCUCGUGCGUUCGACAGCGUCAAAACACUCAACAGGCACAUUCAGUGUCACACAGAGGACCGUCCGUACCACUGCAUCCACUGCAAGAAGCGAUUCAAACACAUGCACGGCCUCAAACGGCACCAGAUUUACGCCAUUUGUCACAAAAAAAUCACCCGAUUCUCCUGGAAAAAGGAGCCGAGAGCGGGACCGAGCCAGAGCGAAGUCGCAAGUGUCGACCCCCAACAGGGUCCGCCGCUGAAGAUCCCCGUGUGGUGCUCGAACUGCGGCAAACACUUCGAGUACCCGUCCGCUCUGAAGGAGCACCAAGAAAACGUCUGCAAAGUGGAAGUGAGCGAAAUCAUGAAAUGCGACGACUGCGGGAAGGAGUUCAAGAGCAUGACGAUGCUCAAAGUGCACCAGAGGAUUCACGACCCGCUCUACUGCAAAGAGUGCGGGAAGAUACUCGCCAACGAGGCCGCGUUCGAGAGGCACAAGCUCAUGCACAGGCCGAUGCAGUGUACGAUGUGCGAUCAGACUUUUACGCUGCUGAGGCGCCUGAGGGAACACUACGAGAAGCAGCACGAGUUCACCGGGCCGUAUCCGUGCGCACAGUGCGACAAAACGUUCAUCCAGCUCUCCUACCUCGCCAUCCACCAGAGAAUCCACAAAGGCGAGUUCCCGUACAUCUGCAGCAUGUGUCCGGAGAAGUUUCGAUCGUCAAACUGUCUGACGGUUCAUCAGAGGAAACACACGGGAGAGAAACCGUUCCUGUGCUGGCAGUGCGGGAAGUGUUACCGCUCGGCCUCGGAGCUCACGGUGCACAUGGGAACCCACUCCGACGAGAGACCGUGGGCGUGCACACAGUGCAACAUGGCGUACCGCACCAAGCUGCAGCUGACGAACCACGUGGAGCAAAUCCACAUCGGAGUCCGGUACCCCUGCAACAGCUGUGGGAAGCAGUUCAUGAAGGAGACGUCGCUAAAGAGGCACGAGCUCAUCCACACAGGAGAGAGGCCGCACCAGUGCACGGUGUGCGGCAAGACCUUCCUCACCGCCAACGAGCUCAGGCUCCACAACCGCUACCACACCGGCGAGCGCCCGUACAAGUGCGAAGUGUGCGGGAAAGCCUUCAUUCAGUCGGGGUAUCUGAAGUCGCACAUGCGCAUCCACACAGGAGAGAAGCCAUUUAAAUGUGACAUUUGUGACAAAGGUUUCCGGUUGUCGUAUCACAUGAAGAAACACAGGCGGACUCACGCCACCAAACCAAAGAGCUACAUCUGCGAGGACUGCGGGCUGGGCUUCCUCCUCAAAAAGUCCCUGUGGGAACACUCGCUCAGUCACGACGUCAAAGUCGAACCGACGUUCACGGAUGAAAGGUUCAGUCAGGUUGAAGAGAAGACAGAUGUCUCUACGUCCGAUACUCCAGAUAAAGGUCUCAGGUCUCAGUGUGCAGGCAGUGGUGCUGGUGAACCAGGAGAUGGCAGCACAGGCGUGAUAAUGAGCUUCCGGGCUCAGCAGCUGGACCUCACAGGGGAGGGCGAGCCGUCAGUUGUGCCCCCUGCUGCCUCAGCUUGUGUUGGAGCCUCUUGA